UUUUUAUUUAAUUUUCUUUUGUUGCUGAAAGACAAGACAUGGAACGUGGUGAUGGGUUCAAUCGUUUUCACAAGCAUGCAAAAUCAAGCUCCGGGUUGAGCGUCAUACAGCCUGGUGACUCCUCAAACACCAACAAUGGCGGCAACACCGCCAAGUCCAGCACCAUGCCUCCACCGUGCAUGGUGCGGGAGCAGGAUCAAUACAUGCCGAUAGCCAACGUGAUCCGCAUCAUGCGCCGCAUCCUCCCUGCACAUGCCAAAAUCUCCGACGACGCCAAGGAAACCAUCCAGGAAUGCGUCUCCGAGUACAUCAGCUUCAUCACUGGGGAAGCCAACGAGCGUUGCCAACGCGAGCAGCGCAAGACCAUCACGGCCGAGGACGUUCUUUGGGCCAUGGGGAAGUUGGGUUUCGACGACUACGUCGAGCCCUUGACUGUUUUCUUGGGCAGGUACAGGGAGAGCGAGAGCGAGAGGACUUCGUUGCGUGGUGAGCCCAUUUUGAAGCGUGGAAUUGACUAUGGGCCCAUGAUGAUGGCUCCGCCUUAUGGGCCUGGUCUCCACAUGGGACAUCACCACCAGGGGAUCUUUGAUGCUGCUGCAGCAGCCGCUGCCAUGGGAGGGUUCUACAGAGAUGGUUCGGGUGCAGCCGGGUCGUCGUCUUCACAGGCUUCUCUGACCAACAACUUUGAUCCAUUUGGUCAGUUCAAAUGAAGGGAAGCAAAGCACAGAUAUGAAUAA